UUGUUGUGUCUCUCAAGAUUCUUCUUGCUUUGUUUUCCGUUUCUCGACUCUUUCUACGUCCAGCAGAUCAAAAGGGAUGAGUGGUUCACAAGCACAAGACAGUGCGUGUUCCUUGAACCAGCCAAGCAAAGAUGUGGUUAUCACGGAGACAAAACCAAAGAAGAGGAUAUGUUGUGCUUGUCCUGAUACAAAGAAGCUAAGAGAUGAGUGCAUUGUAGAACACGGCGAAUCCGCUUGCACGAAAUGGAUCGAAGCUCAUCGUUUGUGUCUUCGAUCCGAGGGUUUCAAAGUUUGAGAGCGUGUUUGAUUAAAAAGAUUAGUUUCAUUAAUCGAAAGUAACAUAGAUUGUUGAUUGUUUUUUUUGGAGAAUUUACACAACAGUCAGUCAUCAUCAUCAUCAUCAUCAUCAUCAUCAUCAUGUAAUAAACAGAGCAACCAAAAAAAGGUCACAUUGGCCCAAAAAAAAAAACACCACACUCAAAUAUUGUGAUUUUUCUAUA